CACACAGCAAAAAAAAAAAAAAGACAAGUCAGUGGUCUUGGCAAGAGAAUGCCUAGUUAGGUUCUCAAGGUAGUUGACCCUUAGCUGUUCAAACAACUGCUAUUUAUCUUCUGAAGCUCCAGUCUUUGUACUUUGUUUGGUGUUGACGGGUAGUUGGCUGCUCAGGCCAGGCGAAGGGUUAACGCCAGCAAUGAAACCUGAUGCUAAUUAAGCCCAAGGAAUGAGGAACGCCAUCAUCAGAGCUCCGGUCUGCAGCUCAGGAGCUCACAGGGACGCCGGGGUCCACAUCCACAAACUGGCGGACGUGAACAUUAAAAAAGAGGCUGGACCAUAAGGGACACAAAGGCGCCAAAGUUUUUCUUCAUUUGCCCCGCAAAGGAGAAAUCUGCUUUUGAUUAGGGAACUCACUACACGAAAACAAUCAGACAUAAUUUUGUCAUCCCGAUGUGUCCGUAUCUCAUCGUAUCAGUCGUUCGCCUUGAUUAACUGAGUCAACUCAAGGUUAAAUGAUCUUAUCUAUAGUUGCGGUACCUUGUAUCUUGAGUUGGAUACAUGGAGCAGUCUGUUUCAAAUCAAAGUGUUUUGUAAGUGGGAGCAUUUCUCAUCCAAAAUCUGAUGUCGUUUUCAUUUGUCAACACUUGCUAGCGUGCUAGGUGUAUUUGUAUAGUGGUACCACAGGACACAUUUUAAUAGUAGCUUAUUUCACUCUCUGUUCUUCACGUAGCCUAUUGUGCUAUGUGAGGGGUGACUUUACACGGUAAUUUUAUUCAUCUAAAGAUUCCUGCCAGCCUGGCGCUGAAGUGAGUUGAGUAGCUCCAGUUAGACCCAAGUAGUCCUUUGCUGCUGCCUUGGCAAUCACAGACGUAAAAUGUUGACGCGGUCAGUGAUUUUGCUGCUGGUCCUGGCAUCCGCGCGCUCCGACCGGUGCCAGGGCGACCGCUGCUCGGGUUCCGGGGACCCGCGGCCGUGCACGGGCGAACACUGUCCUUCGGGAAGGACGUCCAGAAUUCGGCGUCACGCACCGGCAGCCCCGACGUGCGUCGGCUCGGACUGCGCGACAACGCCCGAGACCGACAACCAAACGCGGGACUGCAGAGGGUUGGAGUGCCGGCUCCCGCCGCGGCUCAGACCCAAAGGUCGCGCCAGAGACGCGGGGGACACGCCGCCCGCCGGGGCCGAACGGCUGCCUCCGGUCCAUCUGGCCGACAGAGCCGCGCAGUUCCUGGGAGACUUCCCAGAGUUCGGGCAGCCGCCGUCGGAACCGGGCGGUGCGCCUUUAGGGGUCCAGCUCACCUGUGACGUCAAACCAGGAGAAAAUGAGGUCCCGUCUGAAGACGCCCUAAUCCUGCACCUUCAACUAGCCAAAGGUCAGGAAAAGCUGGUGGAGGCCCUGCGGGCACAGCAGUUUCUGAUCAGCGAGUUGCAGCAGAAGCUAGCCGAACAGCAGGAGGCGCUACUGUCCCAGCAGCGCGACAUCUUGACGCAGCAACAUCGCAUGUAUGAUCAGAUGGACACGGUCACGGCCCGGUACAGCCAACUGGCGGAGGUUCUCAAGCAGGGGGAGCUGCAGAGCUACUUUCAAAGCCACCUGGCGGGCCUCCAGACUUUACACAAUGCCGAAGCCAAGGUGAUGGACGUGGUCGGCGAGGCUCGUUUCCUCGAACCGAUGGCGGGCUGCCCCUCCGCCUGCCGACCGGGCCACUACUGCGAUUUCCGGAGCGAUCCGCCGCAGUGCCAAAAAUGCACGGUGUGUCCACCGGGAUUCUUCCUGAUCUCGUCGUGCUCGCCCACCAUGGACACUAUGUGCCAGGACAGAGAUGAAUGUCUGGAACUGGGAAACAUCUGCGGGGAGCGCGUCAAAUGUCUGAACACUCCAGGGGGCUUUCGGUGUCUUGGAGUGUCCCAGAGGGAAGCACAGACGGGCUUAUGCGGCCACAACUACUUCUACAACCGGGAGCUUCAGGAAUGUCAGGCCUGCUCCGACUGCGAAGGCCAGCCCGUCCUCGUCCCCUGCACGACCAUCGUCGACUCCAUCUGCGGUUCGCCCUCAGGGGAGCGUCUCUCUUCCUCCUGGAGCGCCAGCGUCUCCGUCCCCUCUUCCCGCAAGUCCGGAGACGAUGUCUUCGCCGGACUGCGGCUGAACCUUCGCGGCAAGGACAGUAGCGACUUUCUGUCCGGCCAGGACGGUCAAGUCACGUUCCUCCAGCACGGUAUGCUGUGGUCGGACUACAAUUUUGCCGUCAAGCACACCUGCAGGAAUUUCAUCCAGGUGGGAUUGAGGUUCAACGCUAGCCAGGAGGAGGAAAGUCGGGAGCUCAGCGGAGUUCGUGUGGAGCAGCCUGACGGGAAGUACUUCCAAGGCGUGAGUGUCAGCGGCGCCGUGGAGGUGGAGCCCGGCGACGCCGUGAGUCUUCUACUCCGGAGUCCCAACCAGUACUGCAACCAGAGCAAGGACCUUCACGUCUACGACGUCGCGGCGCCUAGCUUCAGCUUGCUCUGGUUGUCGCACGACACGGGCGCCGUGUCCAUGACCGCCGAGAUGUCCCCGCCGACGCAGUAUCAAUCCAGCUACCGCCCAGCGUUCCACGUGACGUCGGUUUCCGACCCUUACGUGAUUAAUUUGACGCACGACAACCGCGGCGUGCGCUUCAAGGAGAGCGGAGCCAUCAAGUUUGUCCUCCAGCAAGCGCUCUACGCCAUGGGGCGCGCUUGCGUCCGCGAAGGCUUCUUCCUCGUGGCCUACGCUAGCCGUAACGGCACGGGUCGGGAGGUUUCGCGGUCCUUCAAGACGGGAGUGGACUACAGGGACACGUCCAUCACGCUGGCGGGGUCCGUGGCCGUAGACGCCGGCGACGUACUCGGCUUCGAGAUCACGUCGCCGCCGCAGUGCAACGUACGCUACUUUGGAGACAACACGGGCAUCAGCGCUCUUAGCGUGGUCUGGAUCCCAUCGGCCGUCUCGUCUACGUUGACCGCCACCGUGGAGAAAGCGGGGCUACCGCUGGGGGCCGUCCGCAACAAGUCGCUAGUCUUCCGGCAGCUCUCUCCGGACUCGCGACGGCUCCGUCUGGCGGGAAGGAACUUUGAGUUUCUGGAGGAGGGGACCGCCAAUGUUGACCUGAACCUGAGGCUCAUCCACUCAUGUAACAUCAUUAAGGUGACUCUCCAACGGGCCGGCGGGCCGAGUCCCGUGGCUCAGCAGGUUUCGGGACACGUGCCGGAGGGCGGCGAGUGGGCUAGCGUGGGCCUGAGGGCCUCUUUCCGGGUCCAAAACGGCACUGCCGUUUACAUCACGCUGGACUGUGUCCGCGGACGCAUCAACCAGAUCUCGCGCGAGGACAGCACCAACCUCUCUGUUCUUUGGGUUGCCGCAUCGGCAAGCUGAGUUCGGCCAAGUAAUAACCAUUUUGGUUUUAUUUCCCAGUAAAUCAUGUAUUAAUCUGGUAUAUAUUUCUUCAUUAAAAUGGAAAAAAAACAGGUUGAAAAGAAUUUUUUUUCUCCUUUUUGCAUUUUAUUUGAAUUUUUUUUUUCAAUUAAAUGUAAAAAUAAGUUGGU